AUACAAUAUUAGCCAUAGAAUUGAUAAAAUAAACGCACCAAAUCGUGCCCUAGAUCUCACUAUAUAUUUAAAUUAAAUUUGGUCCUAUAUAUGAAUAAAAGUUGGUUUAAAUUUUAAUUUAUUCAUCAAUAAUAUUAUCAAUUUUCAUAAUACAUUACAAAAAGACCAAUGAUCAAGUAAACUUUCUGAAUUCAAUAAGUAAAAUCAAUUCAUUUGUAUAAUAAUAUUUAUAUUUUUUACUUUUAUCAAAUAAAAUAACAUUGAUUACACAUGCAAUGCCCGUUCUUUUUGGUACUUUACACUAAAAAUUAAUAGCAAGAACAAUAGUGAUAAAUGGAAGAAGAAAAAAAAGAAAUCAAACUUAAACCUAAGAGGGCUAGUUCCUCAAGAGAUUAAUUUGUAUGAAAUCUCAUGGUUUGACUUGGUUUCCCAUAAGAAUCUCAGUUUGAGCAUUUCUUUCUCCAUAUUUUUCUAGCAGAACAACCCGAGAAUUGAUCAUAAUUAACUGUUGGUUUCUUUUACGUGUUUCUUUAUUUUAGGUGUAAUAUUCGGCAUGGAGAAUUCAAGAUUGAAAACUCAGAUGCAGGAGGUGUGGGUGACAAAAUCGCCUAAAAGGUCUCCACUGAUAUUAAGUAUGGUGGUCUUAAUCUUGGCCACCAUUUCUGCAUUGUACAUCUUCUCAAUCCGCAUCAGUAUUCUGGGACAAGUCACAAUGCUAAAGAUUAUUGAUCAUCGAUGUGGAAUCCAAGCACCUUAUUUACAUUUUCCUGAUCCUGAAACAUUUGAAAGACAGGAAUGUGCGUGCAAUCCGGUGUUGUACUUUGCGAUCGUGUCGAUGCAGAGAUCUGGGAGUGGAUGGUUUGAGACGCUGCUCAACAGCCAUGUGAACUUGAGCUCCAACGGGGAGAUUUUUGGGGCACGAGACAGAAGGAAUAAUGCUUCUGUGAUUUAUAAGAUUUUGGAUCAAGUUUACAAUCUUGAUUGGUUCAGCAGUGCUUCCAAGAAUGAAUGCACAGCUGUUGUUGGUUUCAAAUGGAUGCUAAAUCAGGGAUUGAUGGAGUAUCAUGAAGAGAUAGCAGACUACUUCAUCAAAAGAGGAGUUUCCAUAAUAUUUCUCUUCAGAAGAAAUCUUCUUCGCAGGAUGAUUUCCUUGCUUGCAAAUUCCUAUGACAAGGAUGCCAAGCUGCUCAACGGUACUCAUAAAUCCCAUGUUCAUUCACCACAUGAGGCACAAAUACUUGCAAGAUAUAAACCGAGUCUCAACGUAACGACGCUUUUAUCGAAUUUAAAGUCAGCAGAGCGAAUGGUAGCAAAAGCAUUGGAAUGUUUCAAGACCACAAGACACGUUGUCUUAUACUACGAGGACAUACUAACCAAUCGCACGAAAUUAGUAGACGUUCAAGAUUUUUUGAAGUUGCCAAGACGAAAUCUAACAAGCUUCCAAGUGAAGAUACACAGUGGGCCUCUCUCAGCACAAAUCAACAACUUCGAUCAUGUUCGGGAAAAACUCACGGGAACUUCAUACGAGAAAUUCAUCACAACAGACUACGAAUUAUGAAUUAUUCUACUUUCAAGAAAUGUUCAACUUCUAUAAAUUUGUAAUUCUACUAGCUAUAGAUCGCCAAAUUGGAGGAGAGUUUUCUUGUUUAUGGAACACUAUUUUUUCCACUUCCAAGGGAUUGUAAUUGUCUUUUUUGUUUUUACUAUUUCUGGCAAAGCGGGAAAGCAUCCUGAUUAUGAAUUGAGGCUACUAACGACAUAUUUUAUUGGUUACUCUCCUUUAUUACAAAAUAUAACUAUUUUUAUUGAUCUUUUUCUCUAUCACAAAUUCUCCUCUUAGACCGGAUAUAUAGGUGAGACGGAUCGGAUCGGGGCUUGGGAGCAGGUCUGUGCGCGGGUCGAGGUGGAUCUGGGCGCAGGUCUGGGCCAAAUAAUUCAAAGUAAUUAUUAUUGUGAUGAAAAGUAAUUAAUCGACAUGAAGAAAAGUAAUGUUU